AUGGCCACCGUCACCCAGCAGCAACAGUCUGGCCCUACUCCCCAGCCUCUGCAGCAGCAGCAGCCGCAACAGCAACAGCUCAAGCUCAACCCCUCAGACCCAAAUCCUGGCGCAGCGCUAUCAUGGGAGGGCGACCGCAUGUUUAAUAUAUACAUCUACGACUACUGCCACAAACGAGGGUUUCUCAAGACGGCGCAGGAGCUGCUAAGCGAGGCAGACCUUCCACCCGAUGCCACACCCCCGAUCAACGCAAAGCAGGGUCUACUGUUUGAAUGGUGGAGCGUAUUCUGGGUGCUGUUCACUACGAAGAGUAAUGGGAAUGGGCCGGAGGAUGCUCUCCUCUACACUCAGCAUCAAAACCAACAGACGGCAGUCCGACAGCAACGACUUCAAGCGCAGGCGCAGGCGCAGGGUGGCUUAGCUCUGCACGGCGUAGGUCAAACUGUUACCACCAAUGGCCCUCCACAACCCGGCCCACCUGGCUCAGCUACCGGCCCUCCAAUGCGAACGAUGAAUGGUAUGCCUCGCCAGGGCGGCCCAGGAGCUCCUUCUGUAGGCCCAGGACCCCCACCUAACUCUGGCUUCCUUCCCAACGGCAUGACUAACGGUACUCUACCAAAUGGCGCACCUACGCCAAAUUUCGGCAACCAAGGCAUGCCCAACGGCAUUGUAAGCAGUCCUGGCUUUGCAGGUAUGAACCCCCAACGUCUUCCUCAAGGCGCACCCGGCGUGGGCGUUGGUCCCCCCGGACAGCGGCCGAACGGUAUGGGCGGUCCGCCGUUCCAGCAGAGCCCGACGAUGGCGAACUCACCGAACAGUGGGCCUGGCGGGCAAUCUGGGCAGCAAGGACCUGGAGGCCAGGGUGGUGGUCCGAUGCAGCAAGGGCAGCCAGCAGCAGGACAGCCGAUGAACCAGAUGGGGCCAGGCCCGCAUGGGAUGGGGGGGACGAUGAGUCGACCUGGAACGAGCGGCGGGCUCCCGGGUGGGAAUCCUAGCGGGUCAAUGUUGCCGCCUAACUCAGGCCAGCCAGGCGGCGGUCCGCAACCAGGGAUGAACAUGCAAGGCCAAGGAUCGACGCCUGGAUAUCGGCCACCAAGUCGCACCAACACGCCGGGCAGUGGAGGCAUGAUGGUUCAGCAGAGUCCGUCUUUGAUGAACCGGCAGGUUCCAGGCGCACCUGGUCAGAUGGGUAUGGGUAUGUCUCCCGGUAUAAUGUCUCCCAAUAAUAUGGGUAUGUCGCCAGGGAUGCCACCGAACAUGGGCAUGGGCAUGGGCAUGCCUCUUCAGGCCGUCCUCGCCGAAUUUGCCCAGAUACAGCCCUUGUUGCUAAAGCAAUACAAGUCUGAGAUAGGCAUGCCAGACACCAAUCAACCGUUGUCAGAUCAAGACAAGAUGAGAAUCGUGGGCCACCAUCGAGCGAAGAGGGGGCAAGCAGGUGUAAACGCUGCUGCCGGUCCUUCAAUGAUGAAUAGACCACCUAUGCAACACCCUGGUCAGCGGCCUCCUGGACCCCCGGGUCCCUCCGGUCCACAGUCAGGUCAACGUGCCGGAAAGCGAAACAGCACGUCUCCUGGUGAAGAGCAUGGAACUCUUCCUGGGCAAAAAUGA